AUGGAUUCUCGACCAGAACUAUUUGAUUUCCACAGAGUCGGGAUGACACACUUUUAUACAGAUAAUUGGGAGAAUACUCAAAACUUUCAGGCCAGGCCAGAUGAUAUACUUCUUGCAACAUACCCCAAAUCAGGAACCACCUGGAUCUCCUACAUCCUUGACCUGCUGUACUUUGGUCAGACACUUCCAGAGCGCGAGAAAUCCAUCCCUCUCUAUUCGAGGGUGGUCAAUCUGGAGAUUGCCUUCCCUUCUCUGGAGCAAGGGCCUUCUCGACCCAUAGUCUAUGGAACAGACCAGGUAGACAACCUCUCCACAUCUCCUCGCAUCAUCAGGACUCAUCUUCCAGUCCAGUUUCUGCCAAAGUCCUUUUUGGAGCAAAACUGCAAGAUCGUGUACGUGGCCCGCAAUGCAAAGGACAGCGUGGUGUCUUAUUUCCAUUUUGAAGGCAUGACCUCAUUGCACCCAGAGCCUGGAGACUGGAGCAGCUACCUCCAGAGAUUCAUGGAGGAAAAGAUGGUGUUUGGAUCCUGGUACGACCAUGUGACCGGCUGGUGGGAGAAGAAACAGAGCCAUCCAAAUCUCCAUUACGCGUUCUACGAAGAUCUGGUCGAGGAUUGCGGACGGGAAAUAGACAACCUCUGCAGCUUUCUUGGUUUGUCUCCUUCGUCUGAGGAGAAAGAGAUGAUUACACGCAGAGUGCAGUUUGAUGACAUGAAAAAGAACAACUUGGUCAACCAUUCAAAGUUCAAAUUGAUGGAUUUCAAAAAGUCUUCCUUCAUUAGAAAAGGGAAGGUUGGUGACUGGAAGAAUCACUUCACUGUGGCCCAGAACGAACAGUUUGACGAGGACUAC